CUUUAAAAAGGAAAAAUGUUGCAAGUGUUUCCCCAAAAAGGGGGCCCUUGAGAAGACAGAGGAAAAGAAAUGCAAGCGCCCUUUGCCCACUUCAGCGAUGCCACUGUGCCCUGUAGUCGCACCCUCACCCUUUUUAGACCUAUUGCCACCCUCACACACAUCCCCUCUACUCCCAAGAUUUCAGUCACUCUCCUUCCUCUGGGCGCCAUUUUUUAAGUGAAUUUUACUUUUCUUGAUUUUUUUUUAAGUAUUGGAGGACAUAAUGCUGGUUUAAGUGGUGGGGACUCACUUCAUGGAAUGUCAAGCAAGGAUGUCUUGUAGAAUUUCUGGGAAAUCCCUUGAAUUGGGAUGGAGCGCCACUCAAGAAGUGAUCCGGAUGUAAAUUUAGAAAGGGGCAGAUAUAAAAAAUUAAAUAAGAUUGAAAAUGCAGGAAUCUCUCUGGCCCUGGUUCUGGCCACAGCAUAGCAAAGUUAGUUGGGGUUGAGAGAUUUCCUGGGAGUACACCUCUACUUCCCCUGGGCCCAAGGCCCUGUUCAUGGACAUGCACCCCUCCUUUACCCCCAAACCAGUUCCUUUACAUAUAUAUUUUAAAAAGAAAUCCAAGUCUUACUUUCAAAGCACACACUUAGUCUCAACUAGGGAAUCAACAGAAGCAGAAGCGAUUUUUUUCCCCCUUCUUGACAUCUGGCUUGCGAUUGGCUGGAAGGGGGUCAGCUGACUUUGUCAUUUUGUCUGUCCUGGAUUGGAGCCGUCCCUAUAACCAUCUAGUUCCGAGUACAAACUGGAGACAGAAAUAAAUAUUAAAGAAAUCAUAGCCCGACCAGGUAAAGGCAAAGGGAUGAAUUCCUACUUCACUAACCCUUCCUUAUCCUGCCACCUCGCCGGGGGCCAGGACGUCCUCCCCAACGUCGCCCUCAAUUCCACCGCCUAUGAUCCAGUGAGGCAUUUCUCGACCUAUGGAGCAGCCGUUGCCCAGAACCGGAUCUACUCGACUCCCUUUUAUUCGCCACAGGAGAAUGUCGUGUUCAGUUCCAGCCGGGGGCCGUAUGACUAUGGAUCUAAUUCCUUUUACCAGGAGAAAGACAUGCUCUCAAACUGCAGACAAAACACCUUAGGACAUAACACACAGACCUCAAUCGCUCAGGAUUUUAGUUCUGAGCAGGGCAGGACUGCGCCCCAGGACCAGAAAGCCAGUAUCCAGAUUUACCCCUGGAUGCAGCGAAUGAAUUCGCACAGUGGGGUCGGUUACGGAGCGGACCGGAGGCGCGGCCGCCAGAUCUACUCGCGGUACCAGACCCUGGAACUGGAGAAGGAAUUUCACUUCAACCGCUACCUAACGCGGCGCCGGCGCAUCGAGAUCGCCAACGCGCUCUGCCUGACCGAGCGACAGAUCAAAAUCUGGUUCCAGAACCGCCGGAUGAAGUGGAAAAAAGAAUCCAAUCUCACGUCCACGCUCUCGGGGGGCGGCGGAGGGGCCGCCGCCGACAGCCUGGGAGGAAAAGAGGAAAAGCGGGAAGAGACAGAAGAGGAGAAGCAGAAAGAGUGACUAGGACUGUCCUUGCCACCCCUCUGUCCUCCCUAGCUCACGCUCACCCCAACUCUUCCCUAAUCACACACUCUGUAUUUAUCACUGGCACAAUUGAUGUGUAUUGACUCCCUAAAACAAAAUUAGGGAGUCAGAUAUGGACCUGAAUGUCAGCUCUGGACCCCCUCCCUCUCCGCACAACUCUCCACCACGCGCGUCUCCUCCUCUUUUUCCUAGCUCCCUUGCUAGCUCGUUCUUGGCUUGUCUGCAGGCCCCUUUCCCCGUCUAGGCCUUGGGGGCUCAGUCCCUGAACCUCGCUUCAGACUUCACAGAUUUCCCUCCAGAUGAGGACUUGGCAGCCCCCCCUACACACACGACACUCCCUCGACGCCCCCCCCCCCCCCGCCUUCGCCCCCGUGCAGCGCGCCGGCUCCCUGAACCUGGGGCCUCCACUCCGGGGCCUCAGGGCCCGGCCUGGCAGCCGGGGAGGGCGGCAGGCCCAAGGAGGGCGCGCCUUGGCCCCAUAGCCACCCCCAGGGCCUCCCCUCAGCCCCUGCCUGGCCCCUCUGCCCCAGCAAAUGCCCAACCCAGGCAAAUUGUAUUUAAAGAUUCCUGGGGGUCAUUAUGGCCUAAUACAAACUGUGACCGUUUCUGUGUGAAUAUUUUUAGCUGUAUUUGUGGUCUCUGUAUUUAUAUUUAUGUUUAGCACCGUCAGUGUUCCAAUCUCAUUUUAAAAAGGAGAAAAAAAAGAGGGAAAAUUACAAAAACAGAAAAAAAAGUGAAUGACGUUUGUUUAGCCAGUAGGAGAAAAAUAAAUAAAUAAAUAAAUAAAUAAAUCCCCUCGUGUUACCCUCCUGUAUAAAUCCGACCUCUGGAUCCGUUCUCGAAUAUUUAAUAAAACUGAUAUUAUUUUUAAAAGUUUAUAUCCGUAUUUUUGUUCAAUCGCCCGCCCACCGGCCUGGAGCAGGCUGCAAAGCGCUCCCGUGUCUGCCCGCCUGCGCCCCCAGCCCUCUGCACUCGCCUUCCCCGGGAGCCGAACGGGCCUCGGGGUUCUUGUGAUCACGCUGGAGACCUAGGAGGCCCCUCUGGGCUCCCUAAGCCAAGCCACACACACCCCGCGAAAAAAAAGCCACUCAGGCUUUCGUUGGGGGCAGGGGGAAAGCCAGGCAUAGUUGGAUUGGGCUCCAAGCGCACACAGGCCUUUCUUCCAUCCUCUGGUAGCCUGGGGUCCUCGGUUUCGGAACCCCGAGCCCCAAAAGGCCAGAAAAGGAGCACUACCUAGGCACCAGGUCACCCCACCCACUCCCAGGAGCGUGGGGUGGGGGACGCCAAGUGAGCCAGCCCCCGGCCUGCUGUUGCGAAACCAGUCAGAGAACCGAGGGGAACGAGAAGACCGCGGGAUUCUAGUCCUUCCGCAGGGAUUGAGCGACUCAAGGACAUCGCGAAAGAGAAAGCCUGGACACUGAGCUCUCGGCCCGCGCUGGGACUCCAGACGUGUUCGAGACAAAAAUUCUUCCUUACAGCCCCAGCCUGUCUGGUUCCUUCCUCUUCUCUCCUCAAACCUGGUGGAUGAGAGGCUCAGUAGGACCCAGACCAUUUCUCAGUUCCAGCCUCCUCUUUCCAAGCCCCUCCAGAGAAACCUGAGUGGGCCUAGGGGAGAGGUGUGAGUGUGUGUGGGGGAAUCUCCCAGAGUGAAAGAAUCCGCCAGAGUUUUCCAGACUCUCCAGAUCCCCAACACCGCCCCCUCCAGUGCCUCUGCCAGCUAAGAGGGGUCUUCUCCUGGCAGAGGAGGUGAUUUCCUGGGGGAGGGUAAGCAGGAAAAAGUAAGACUUGAGACUAGAGGGGAACGGGCCAAAAGGUGGCAGAGACCCUGGCCAAAAGCUGCCAAGGUUGCUUAGGCGCCUGCCCUGUCCACCCGGCCUCUCUCCCCACCCCAUUUCCAUGCCUCCAAAGAGCUCAGAAAUUGUUUUCCUGUGGGCCUUCUGGAUUCAGGUUUCUGGAAAGCCUAGUCCAGGGGCCCUUUCUCCUGGACUAACAGGCCUUUUCCUCUGCCUUGCUCAUAAUUUUUGUGGAGGCUUGGAUCUUGCCUCACCAUGCCCUCA